AUGGAAGAUGCUGCAGAAGCAGUAGAAGCAAUUAGAAAUGUUCUGCCACAACAAGAUCCAUUUGCUCUUUCGGACCAUAAAUUUGUGAAACUUUUUCGCGUCUCAAAAAAUCUGUGCCGGGAAAUAGUGGAAAUGGUCACUCCAUAUGUUACUGUUUCAACACGAUUGUCGUCCUUAACAGUACUAGCAACAUUAAGGUUUUAUGCAUCAGGAAGCUACCAAGAAAUUACUGGUAGUAAUAGCUUUGUUGCUAUAAGCCAGGCUUCAACAAGCCGUUCUAUAAAAGAGAUAACAAAUGCUCUGAACAGACCGGACAUUCUUAGAACGAUUCGAUAUCAACUACUGAAGAUUUUGAGGCACUACGUACUAGGCAAAUUUUAUGUGAAAUACAGAUUUCCAGGGCCUAUCGGAUGUAUUGAUUGCACACAUAUUAGUAUUGUGACCCCACAGCAAAACGAGCAUCUAUAUAUUAAUAGAAAGGGAUAUCAUUCACUCAAUGUUCAAUUGAUUUGUGAUACCAAUCUUAAAAUUCUGAACUGCAAUGCUAGAUUUCCAGGAUUAACCCAUGAUGCACAUAUUUGGAGACAGUCACCUAUUUCCACCCUCAUGGAGAAUAUGUACAGAGAAAAUCCUGACAAUUUAUUUUUUCUUUUAGGCGACUCAGGCUAUCCUACCCGUCCUUGGUUGUUAACUCCAUUGGGAAACCCUCAAAAUGCUGACGAUGAGAGAUACAAUAACCAUUUCUGUUCCAUACGUUCCACAAUUGAAAGAUGUAAUGGGGUUCUAAAAAAUAGAUUUCGAUGUCUUUUAAGACAUCGUACACUGCAUUAUGAUCCAGUGAUGGCAGGGAAAAUUAUAAAUGCGUGUUGUGUUUUACACAACUUGUGUAUUGACAACAAUAUCCCUGAAGCUGAUGAGCCACAUGAAGUUCAAGAACCAGAUUAUGGAAUUUAUGCUGCCCAUAAUUAUGUAGAUAAUAUUAGAGCAGUUAAUCCAGAUCUGGUUGCUGCAAGAGAAACUCAGCGAAACAUUAUAAUUAAAUAA